AUGUCUUUCGAGCUCAAAGAAAAGGGCAAUCAGCUCUACAAAGAAGGGGAUUACUCUGGUGCUGAAGAGCUCUACUCUCAAGCAAUCCAGAAAAACCCCCGCGAACCCACCUUCUUCACUAACCGCGCUCUAACCCGCAUAAAGCUCGAGAACUGGGCCGGCGCAGAGCACGAUGCGCGCGCUGCUAUCGACCUCUACGGACCCAAGAACGCGGCCAGUCUGAAGAGCUGCUGGUAUCUGGCCCAGGCGCUGCUUGGACUGGGUCGACCGCAGGAAGCCUACGACGUUGCGAUCGAAGCAUACAAGGCUGCGCUAUCGGCCAAGAGCAACCAGACGGAGAAUCUGUCGAGGACGGUGCUUCGUGCGAAGCAGCAGAUAUGGGCUGCCAAGGAGACCGCAAGGUUGCGGGAGAUGAAUGAGACGCUGGCGAAUGUCGAGAGGUUGAUUGAAGCGGAUCUGGAUCGGGAGUUGAGCGAGCUGCAGGCGAAGCUUGAUCGCGGUGAGAUCGGUCAGAUUGGUUUCGUGGAAGAUCAAAAGGCGCUUCGUGAAGAGGCGGAGAAGAAUAUUCAUAAUGUGCGCGAAGCAUUCCGGAUUUCUUCCAAUGGGGAUAUUCAGGAGAGGGUUGUCCCCGACUAUCUCGUCGACGGCAUCACGUUUGAGAUCAUGCACGACCCGGUGGUCACCCCGUCCGGCCACAGUUUCGACCGUAUUGGCAUCGAGAAACACGUCGAGCGAGCCGGCGUGGACCCCAUCACUCGCGUCCCCAUGACCGUGAAGGACCUACGACCAAACUACACCCUCAAGGCCGUGUGUGAGGAUUUCCUUAACAAGAACGGAUGGGCUGUCGAUUGGUAA